GCUUUUUAUUAUACUUCUAACUUUUCGUACUCGAAACUUCGUUUCUUUUUCCUGUUGCUCUUGCACAGGUUCGUUCUAGUAGCUCUCUGAAGCUGAGGCCUGUUUGCCGUCGUACUUACAUAUUUACCUGAUUUACCAGGUUCGUUCUAGUAGCUCUCUGAAGCUGAGGCCUGUUUGCCGUCGUACUUACAUAUUUACCUGAUUUACCAGGUUCGUUCUAGUUCGGCAAAGCCACGUAUUUCGAAUCCUUCGAACUAGAACUUCACAUAAUCAGCAUGUCAAGACUCGAGUACUCACUCCAAAAUCAACGAUGGCAUGAUAAGUCCUUCACUCGAGGCCUCGUGAGGCCGGUAAAAGGCUCUUGUAAGGGCUUGCAUGACUGCCACUCGCGGCUUCAUGAACCACACAUAUCAUAUAAAUAUUACAGAAUUUGUCCACCUUCGCUCUGACUGGUUCAACACCUCUCAAUCGGUUUAUAUGGGACUUACAGAACGGUUUGUGACCCUAUACCAUACUUGGCGCCUCAAUCCACCUUCUCCACCUGUGGUCAUCAAAGCCGCGCCGGUAGAAGUCGUGUGGCCUUUUUCUGUGGUAUUCUUGAGCCAGGUGGGCUCGGAGGUUGAGGCACAAGUGGACGCGGUCGCGACUCGACUUUUCAUCCCUUGAGCUUUGUCUUCAUCUUGCUGCCUUC